GGUUUAAAAGCAUUCCUGAGAGAGAAGUAACAGGUUUUUCUGCCUCCCCUAAACGCCUCUUCCCCACCACUGCAUGGGCACUGGCAGAGGUGACUGCUCACUCCUGGUAUACAGCGGCAAUGGAAUAAGGACUUGUCCUUUUCUACUCUGCAGCCAGAGAAUCAAGGUGCUGGUGACUGGGCUGUAGGAUGGCAUUGCAAAAGCAAAAGGAGGAUGUCUCUGGAGAGCUGACAGAACCUUUUGCCCAGGAUUCAAAGACAAAGAUGGUGGAGGAAGAGGAAGAAGCGGUGGUGGAAGUGGAGUUGGAGGCCCUUGGCUCUGAAAGCAGCUUUGAAACUGAAACCCCGGAUGUACUUGGGGACGGUGGCCACCCCACCCCUGAGGAGGAAGACAGCAGGUCCUUGUUCUUUGAGAAGAACCUGGAGCAACUUGACACCUCACACACAGUAAUGUGUACAUUCUCAAUUUCACUAGCUGUGCCAAUGGCUGCAGGUCCAAAGCAUAGGCCAUCCAAUUUAACUGACAGGCAGAGAAAAAAGUCUAAUGUUGGGAAAGAUGCAGCAGCUAUUCCAAAAAUGCGGCGUUACUACCACAUUGAGUACUUCCUUCUACCAGACGAUGUUGAGCCUAGGAAACUUGAUUUGGCGUUGUUUGGUGUGGUGGCCAAGCUGUUUGUGGAAUGUGAAUCCAAGCCAUCGACUGCACAGGUUCAAGCAGAGCGCUACAGGCAGAAACGGCCGACAACAAUAAUUUCCUCAGUUGUGAAACCGUGGUUUGAAAAUGACCAAAUAUGGGUGUCCUGGAACCACAGUAUUAAUAUUCAUGUUACUAACGAGUUUCUAAUAAAACUGAGAGAUCACAAAGUAACUCUGACAAUAUGGGAUACCAAGGACAAAGUUUCUGCAAAAGCUAGGUUUAGUAAACCCAGGGUUCCUUUUUCGCAGGUAGAGGAUUCUGAUGCUAUUGGUGGAGUAAAAUAUACAGUGUUAUUGCAAAGAAAACUCUUUGAGGACAAUCAGCCAGAACUCAGCUGUGUUAAAAUUAAAGGUGUGAAGGUACCCAGUGCACCAGAGAAACCUGCAAUGGGUUUUGCAGCAGGGGAAAGUAAGUCUUUACUGGAGGAAGCUGAACUGUAUGAGGCACCAGCAUCCCUUUCUGUUUUCCAAUCUUUACUUCCUCCCUCAAGGACAGAUGACUUUCCUUCAGUGAGUCGUUUUAGUGUUUCAGGAAGUAUCCUUUCUAACAGAGACAAAAUCCUGAAUGAGGGCAAUUAUUUGAAGCAGAAUACAAUUGCUGGCUUUUCAGAUUAUGUGAUUCCAAAAAAGCCAGAGAAAACGAAGUUCAGCUUGGAAAAUGCAGCAGACCACACAGACAAAAAAGAUCCAAAAGGUAAAAGGAAAAGUUCUACUCCUAAAAGAGGCCCUGCUCUUAAAGAACGAAGGCAGAACAACCGUAAAGUGUCCAAUGCACAGACCCUGAUUGCGGCAUUGACAAAGAAGUGUGGCAUAGCAUCUUUGCAACUGGAUCUCAUGCCUCUCCUCUCAGAGCUGUUCACGUUCCUUCGAACUUCACAGCUGCUGCUGCUCCUGGAGCAGAAAUCUGAAAAUAAAUAG